CUGAAUGGGCUUGGCAUAACGACGUCACCUUCCUCCAAACACCAUCUCAAGAACAAGAACUAUUGAUACUCUGCCUCCCAUUGUGGGAGCAAUAUUUGCACAGGUGUCGUGCCGCAGCUUGUUUUCGGCGAAAUGCGAAGAGAUAAAAGCCGGGGCAAGGUCACCGCCAGAGCAGUUCACAUCGAGAUGCGUUGCCGCUGGGAGUAUCUGAUCGUGGCUGUGCUGCUGCUGGCCGUGCUCGCCGAGAUGAGCCAGGCGGCACAGGCCAACCAGGCAAGGAGAAGAUUGAGAAACGGAAACGUCCGCAGACUGGCGGCGAACAGGAGUCAAGCUGUGGCCAAGAAUACCCAGACAAGAGCAGCUGUAAAAAAGGGCACCUCUGUGGCAAAGAAGGGCACCUCUGUGGCAAAGAAGAGCGCACCGAGCAAGGCAACAGCGAAAGCGACACCCGCCAAGAUCCAGUCGAAGAUUGUCGGUGGCACCACGACUACCAUCAGCACAGCGCCGUACCUAGUGCAGGUGCGCCGCGGAACUAGCCUGUGCGGCGGCUCUUUGGUAUCCGUUCUUUGGGUACUUUGCGCCGGACACUGUGUGAAAGGAUACAGUGCCUCGCAGAUCCUGGUGCGUGCAGGAACCACCACUCUAGACGGCAGCGAUGGCGUGGUGCGGUCCGUGGUCUUUACGGCCGUGGCACCCCGUUUCACGUCCACGAAGAUGAACAUGGAUGCCUCAUUGCUGAAACUGAACGAAACCAUGACGGGCACCAACAUUGCUACCAUAUCGAUGGGAUCCUUCGUCCCCCGAGCGGGCUCCAAGGUGCGCAUCGCGGGCUGGGGGCUUACCAGUGAGGGCGGCAGCACUUCCAGUACGCUGCGGGCUACGCAAAUCACAGUGGUGAGGCAGCGUGUCUGCAGGCAGGAAUACGGCAGCUUGGCCUCCAUCACCAAGUACAUGUUCUGCGCCCGCGGCAGGAACAAGGAUUCAUGCAGCGGCGACUCCGGCGGUGCAGUCACCAGAGGUUCAACGCUGCUGGGCAUUGUAUCAUUUGGCUAUGGCUGCGCCCGGUCCGGAUACCCCGGCGUGUAUACAGCUGUGGCCCGAAUCCGAACAUGGGCCAACCGCAUAAUGUCGAACAAUUGAGAUCCUAAAUCUAAAGAGUCAGCGAACCGAAAUCCUACAAUAACAAGUCUACAAGACAAGGCUGUUGCUUAACCCAUAAAUAAAUCCAGAUAUAAA